AUGCUGGUACUGACUGUUCUACUGCAGAUAUUCCCAGCAGCCUCCGACAUUACUCACUAUUCUACAUCCGGAUGUGUUCUAUGGAAAAACAAUUACACCAACACUUUCCGAGAUGGGGAUUUCAUUCUCGGUGCUGUUCUUCAGCUGAGUGAUUUCCAUUGGAGUUUUUCGCCUCCAAAAAUUGGACCUCUGAAAGAUAUUUUCUGUAUAAAGACAUCUUUCAAAUAUUGCCAUCAUCUUCUGGUCUUCAAGUUUGCCAUUGAAGAGAUUAAUAAAAGUUUAUGGAUUUUACCUAAUGUUACCCUGGGCUACCAGAUAUUUGAUUCUUGUGCAUCUUCACCUAAGGCUCUCUCUGGUGCACUGGACAUAAUCUCAGGAGCAAACUAUAAAAUUCCAAAUAAUGCAUGCUUAAGAAAUAUGAAACUAAUUGGUGUUUUGGGAGACUUGUCAUCAAGAUCAACCUACCCCAUAGCCCAGCUUGCAGGGCUUUUCAGGUACCCACAGGUUAGCUACGGAGCUACAGAGCCUGUUUACAAUGACCGGAUCCAAUUUCCAUCAUUUUAUCGAACUGUUCCAAAUGAAUUAUCAGAAAUGGAUGGGAUUGUGCAGAUACUGAAGCACUUUGGUUGGAAGUGGGUGGGCCUCAUUUUAUCCGAAAAUGAUAGUGGGGAACGAGCCCUUGACAGAAUAAGGAAAGUUGUUGGGUUUCUAAAGACUAAUACAAGUGUUCCAGGGCAGAAAAGUUCCGGCAAUGAAUCUCUGGUUGAUGAGGCUUUAUCAAGGUUUGGUAACUUUGACUUCAGAGUUGGUUACCAAGUUUAUACUGCAGUCUAUGCAUUGGCUCAUUCCCUUCAUAAUCUGUUCUCUGCUUGGGCCCUGGCCCAUCCCCAGGCACCAGCAGGGAGUCUAAAGCACAGAUUCAAGCCAUGGCAGUUAAAUGCUUAUUUUCACAAUGUAACUUAUAAAACUCCUUCUGGUGACAUCAUGUUCUUCAAAGCCAAUGGAGACCCUCCAGCGCAUUUUGACAUUGUUAAGUGGCUCUUCUUAAACGAUGGUUCUACUGUGAGCAGGAAGGUUGGGAGUUUUGAUGAGUCAAAUGAAGAGAAUCAGCUUUACAUUAAUUCCAGUGCUGAUUUGUGGAGUCCAUACUUCUCAGAGAUGCCUCGGUCCCUAUGCAGCGAGCCCUGUUCCCCAGGAUACAGGAAGUCUAAAAUAGAAGGGGAGCCCCCUUGUUGUUACGACUGUGUCCAGUGUGGAGAUGGGGAAAUGUCUAACACUACAGAUGCAGUGACCUGUGUAAAAUGCCCUGAAGACCAGAAGUCUAAUAGACAGAAGACUGACUGUGUCCCUAAAGCUCUAAAUUACCUUUCUUAUAUGGAUACCCUGGGGGCCAGUUUAGCUUCCGCUGCUAUAAUUCUCUUCAUCACAACUUCUGCUGUUUUUAGAAUUUUUGUGAAAUAUUGGGAGACUCCUAUUGUGAGAGCCAAUAACCAAAAUCUUAGCUGUCUCCUCCUCAUCUCUCUCAUGUUGUGUUUCCUCUGCACUUUAUUAUUCAUUGGGCGCCCAACUCAGAUAUGUUGUCUCCUCCGACAAGUAACAUUUGGGAUUGUAUUUACUGUUUCUGUUUCUUCUGUGUUGGCUAAAACUCUCACAGUUAUUAUUGCCUUCAAUGCCACAAAGCCUGGGAGCAAGCUGAAGAAGUAUGUAGGAACCCAACUGUCCAUCAUAUUAGUCAUUGUAUGUUCUUUAGUUGAGUUUCUGAUCUCUGCUGUGUGGUUGGCCUACAAUCCUCCAUUUCCAAAGGCCGAUACAGUUUCUGACCCAGACUAUAUUAUUCUGCUAUGCAAUGAAGGAUCUGAACUUUUCUUCUUCUGUAUAAUUGGAUAUAUAGGAACGUUGGCCCUACUAAGUUUCAUUGCUGCAUUUCUAGCCAAGGAUUUCCCUGACCGAUUUAAUGAGGCUAAAAACAUCACUUUCAGUAUGUUGGGGUUCUGUAGCGUGUGGGGGGCAUUUGUCCCUGCAUACCUGAGCAGUAAGGGCAGUAGAAUGGUGGCAGUUGAGAUAUUUGCCAUCUUAUCCUCUAGUGCUGGAUUAUUUGGCUGUAUAUUUGCCCCCAAAUGCUACAUUAUUUUUCUUAGACCUGAGCUGAACAUAAGAGAGAUUGUUGUCAGAAAAUCUUAG